GAGUAGUGUGAGGAUGUUUACGGUGUAAAAUACUAAAUUUUGAAGUUAAAUUUAAAAUAUGUGACAAUCCAGUUUAUAGAAUCCUUAUUUCAUCGAGUAAUAUUAGUAUUAAUAUUUCAAUAUUGUGUUUCGAGUGUCAUGGUGUCAGUGAGCGGUUGUCUCCGUAAAAGUUGAAAUCAAAAGAUAAGUAAAAAUUAUAAAUCAAGUCUGUUUUACAUUAGUUUUAUAAUGAAGUUUAGUAUCGAUACUUCAAAUACAGGCGUUACUUCACAGAAAUUAACCGUUUCAUCCGGCACUAAAUACCUUUGAACUCCGAGUGCAAUCUUCGACGUUUCAUUAGGGUUUCAUUAGAUUACUGUUACAACAAGCAGGAUGUAUACCAGAUCAAAACGAAGGAAUAUCUGCGCAACAUGCACACACACUAUAAAAGUGAAAGAAUAUUUGGAAUGUACUAAUUGCAAUAACACGUUUGACUUAAAAUGUGCUAGCAUUACUUUAAAAAGAUACAAUUCAAUGUCGACCGAUAAGAGACUCAAAUGGAAAUGUCAUAAAUGUAGGAAAAGCUCUACACAGGAAAUAAAAAAUCUUUCAAAUACUGAACAGCUGACACAAAGUAUCUCGUUAGAUAAAACCAUUUCAAAUAUUAGUAAUUUAUCCAGCAAGAAUACUCUCACACUACAUAAUCAAUCAUUAGAAAAUAUAACAUUUUGUAGUUCAAUGAAAGACCUACAUAAUUCAACAUUCAGAGAUGUCAGCACAUGUAGUUUACCAGAUCUUGGUACUGUCGAAAGCUCACAGGUUUUAGACCUUAAACAGGACUUAGCAACCCUAUCUGGGCAAUUAGAAAGUGCUCAUGAAGAAAUUGCCCAACUAAAUAUAGAAAACACAAAACAAAGAAAGUUAAUUGAAGAAAAUGAAAAACAAAUAAAAUUACUUAAAACAUUGCUAAGCGACGGUAAUUCUUCAAUCAACUCCACACCGCUACGAACAAAAACAAAGAAAUCUAAACGCACACCGUCAGUAAAAUCCUCUAUACAGAACAAUAUAAUAUCUCAUAAAGCAAUAGAACAAAUACCAAUUAAUUUAGAAAAUGCACCAGCAGUACCACUAAAUUCUGAAUUUAAUAAAAAACUCGCUCAAAAAAGUACCAAUAUUCAAAGAAAAUCAGGAAGAAAAAUUUACAUUAUAGGAAGUCAACAAUCUAAAAAUUUAUCCUCAGCGCUCAUUCAGUCGAGAAGAACUAAUCCGUAUGAAAAAUAUACAAUUGAAGCGUUCAUCAAACCCGAUGCAACGACAGGGGACAUCCUCAAAUCUUGUGAGUUGUAUGAUUUUUCCUGUAACGACAAAUUAAUAUUAACUGUAGGUGAAAAUGACUGUGAUCCAAUUAAAAUAUCAUCUGACUUAUAUACAAAAAUAAAUUCUCUACCACAAGUCCAUAUUAUUGUAACUAGUGUGACUUUCAGUAGGCAUUUGAAUGAACUGAAACUUAAUGACAUGUUGCGAUUGAUAUGUAACAAGUUUCCUAAUUGUACGUUUCUUAAUCUCGAUGAAAACAUUUAUCGAAAUAACACGCCGUAUUAUAAUAUAUGCCAUAAAAUAAAUCUCGUAAUUGACCAAAUAGACUACAAUAAAAGGUUUUUGAAUUUCAAAAAACAAAGACACAUAAAUCGUUCCACACUAAAAGGAACGAUACCAUAUUAUUUUAAGAAAGUGACUCAUGGCGUAACUUCAAAAAAUGAUCAAACUUUAAAUUCAUCUCAGGAUGCACCAAAGAAGGGAACAAUUCCUUUUUAUUUUAAACCAAAUAAAGUUGAUGACAGCAAAAAUGGGGAAAAACUGUUUUUUCGUGCCAAAAAUUAAUAAUUCAACAUGCACUUGUAAAGUUCUUCACCAAAAUGUUGCUGGCUUUCUAGCAAAGAAAGACUUAAUAGAAAUCAUGGUUGAAGAUCUGCAAAAUACAGAUAAAAUUGACAUACUAUGCUUCACGGAAACAUUCAUUCCAAAAGGGCAUGAAAGUAAUAUAAAACUAAAUGGGUAUCUGUUAGCAUCAAAUUACAGUAGAAUAAAAAGAAGGGGUGGUGUUUGUAUAUUAACAUCACAAGGGAUAGGAUCAAAAAAUUUAGAAUACCUACAUACUUUGUGUGAACCGAAAGCAUUUGAAUGUUGUGGGAUAGACAUAGUGGACAAAAAUUUGUUUAUCAUUUGUAUCUACAGGACACCUGAUUCUGAUGUAAGUAUAUUUUUUGAAAAACUAAGAACCGUGCUUCAGAAAUACUGUAAAAAGAAUAAAAAAAUUAUUAUAUCAGGAGAUUUUAAUAUUAAUACACUGAAUUGUAAUAAAAUCUCUCAACAGUUAAAGCAAAUCGUGCAAAACUUUAACUUUAGAUUACACAUUAAUCUACCAACGAGAAAUAGCACAUGCAUUGAUCAUAUAAUAAGUAAUAUUGAUGGCGCUAUAGGUUCUUUACAUAAUUACGAUAUUUCUGACCAUAACACAGCACAAAUUCUAAG